AUGAACUCUGCACCAAGCCCGACGUUCUUCAAUACGGACAGCGACUCCCAGGAGUUCACGCCAAGCAGCCAAUCCGGCAUAUCGUGUUCCAGCAACGCCACUGUGAUCGACCUCGCCCAACAUGACGCCGAAGAAAAAGAAGAGCCCGUUAACAGUAUCCCCGAUCAUGUCGUCUACAAGCCGCCAGCAAACUCGACCGACCCGGUGUGGGAGCUGAUCCACCGCUUGGAUACACCUUCCAUCUACGAGGCCAAGACGUACACGCAUAUUUGUCUGCUUUGCGUGCAGACGAAGACGUGGCAGGACUCACUCUGCCGCGCUGGCAACGCAUCGAACGCUAAGACCCAUCUAGUGUCCAUUCAUAAGGACCAUGAGUUGGCUAUCCAAGAGCAGCGGCGCCGGCUAACCCGUGCAGACCGCUACAUGGUGCAGCAGAUAACGGGCCAUAUAGCACGGUGGCUGAUUCAUGAUGGGCAUGCGCACAACAUGGUGACGACUGCUGCUUUUCAUGAAAUGCUCGUCGGCAUUACGGGCAACCCGAAUGUCACUGUACCCCCCACCAAGAUGUAUAACGACAUUUUGGACAACCAUUUCGAGAAGUUUACAGCGGACGCAGCUGAGAUGUUCAUCGAAGAGUUUCAAGAGCUGGAUGAAACUUAUAUCAACCACCAGUGGCGACCUGUACGCCUUGCUCUCCUUGCUCACGUGAAGAACGAUGGACAUGAUUCCAAAGAAGUGGGCAAACUGAUGAAUAAUCAACUGAAGACACGCUACGGUCUGGAUGUGAACAAAAUGGCUCGCUUCACGAUAUCGGACACUGCUCCAGGCGCGCGAAAAAUAUCGAGGCAAUUCGACUCGACCCUGCAGACGGACUGUGCGAUGCACGCACUCAAUCUCUGUAUUGGCUAUGGCAUCGGGUUGAAGGAGAAUGUGCGCAACGAGUACAAGAAAGACCCAAAGUCGGAGGCGUACGUCAAGACGCGGACUGUUGUGACAAAAGGUGGGGCAUUCCCAGAAGGUGGCAAGGUGAUUCGAAAACUACGUGCUCUAAACAACUUCUUUGCUUCGAGCAAGUCCCCGGAGCGUGUCGCCCGCCUCAAGGACGUCCAAAAAUUUCACAAGCUACCCCAGCUAGCAGCUUUGGUGGACAUCGACGUUCGCGUGGCGUCCACGAUUAAGUUGUUUCAGCGUUUGAUCAUCAACUUUUCUGCGUUCCAGGCAUUUUUCCUGAGCGCAAACGUGGCCAAGGACGAGAAGCAUGUCUUCAACCGAAUCACCGACGCAGAAUGGGCGUUAGUGAUUCAAAUGGAGGCGAUCAUGCAGCGCGUGGCAGAGUUAGCACUCGUGGAGGCUCAGUCGGCGUCCAUGCUUUCUUCGACUAUGUAUGUGCUGCUGCGUGUGGCUUCCGCUCGCAUGAACUCGUACAAGUUCUCAGCCUACUGUCUAAAUGGUGCUCGUGACACGGGGACGAAUGAGAAAAACUUCCCGCGGGUCCAGCUAACGUUGCCCGAUUUAUCGGAGCUCGCUCAGCGAUGCAUCACGCGAACGCUUCACCAAAUUGCUGAGCGUCUCCCACAGCCGUCCGUGCCUAUGGGUGUGGCCUUGCUACUCGAUCCACGCACGAAGUCAUCUGCCAAACAAUUCCUUCGCAUUCCUGACACAGCGGAGGCUGCCACAGACAAGAUAUUGGAGGAUGCGAAGGAGCUAAUGCGCGUCGAGCACCGGGUUUUCUUCAAGGGUCUGCAUGCACGUGACAAGGAAAACGUCCACGACGCAGCGUCUGCAUCAAACUCCCCACCAAGAGAGGCUAACAGUGGUUCAGACACUGAGGCUGACUUGCUGUAUGGUGAAGAGGUAUCUCAGCCGUCUGAGGAGGCCAGUGCUGAUGCCAUGAUCAACUCCAAGGCGGAUGCGUUGCUAGACCAGUGGUUUGACCUUCGAGUCGAUUGGGCUGAGGUGGCUAAAAGGCAGUAUCCCGCCGAAGACGAGUACGAUACCGUGCUGGCUAAGCUGAGCGUGCGCGACAAAAAACGAGGUGUUCGUGUGUGGAAUGUUGAGCAAGUAUGCAACAACAUUGACGUCUGCAGCUGGUUUCUCGAGGCUGGGCAGAAGGAGUUCCCGUCAGUUGCAAAACUGGCACGCGUCUGGCUGGGACGGGGCUGCUCAACUGCGUUCCAAGAACGCGUGUUCUCUACAGGCUCCUUUGUGAUGAGUCCACCAAGAACGCGGACUGCCAACGAGCGAGCACAAAGGCAGCUGAUACUGCGCCACAAUCGUCUCGAGCUCGCGCGCAUGGAGGAAAGUAAGCGGCAGAUCUGCGUCCAUGGCACGUGCAUGUGCGUCGUGUUCAACGACCAGCUGGACACGCUCGACACGCUGGCCCACUUCCAGUUCCGACAGAGACCAUAG